AUGGCGGCCCUCCAGGAACCUCGCCCGGGGCAAGGAUGGUCGGAGACCCGGCCUACCCGAGCUCCGCGGCGGGCCCUGGAGCGGACCCGAGACGAGGACUCCGCACCGGAACCCGUGGUGAGCUCCGACAGCGACGUGGAGGAUCCCAGUCCGAGGGACGAGGACGAGGACGAACCACGCGCGCCAUCCCCUCCGCGGUGGUUACCCGAGGUGCCACCCACUCCCCGCUACGAGGGGGAGUGGCUCACGGACGGCGCUCGAGACGGCGACGAUGGAGCACCGUUGGCCACGCCGCCGUGGAGGCUGGCCCGGCCACCCACGCCGCGAUACACGGAGCCACGACGACCGGAGGAGCAGACGCAGAGCGAGGAGUCGACCGCGCAGCCGAUGCCGCAACCGCAGGAGGAGGACAUCCACCAGGCAAGGGCGGAGGAGCCGUCGGUGGUGCGGACGGAGGUGCCGGCCGCGCACGUGAGCCACAGCACCCGGGCGUUCGAGGCCGAGGGCAUGCGGUGGCGGCAGCAGACGGUGACGUGGACGUGGCCCGAGGGGCCCGCGACAGGACCUACGAAGGAGGUGCCCAGGAUAUGGGAGGAGGGGGCACCCAAGUUGAACCCUCGGGACCCCCGGACGAGGAGCCGACAGGAUGCGUGGGUCCCGCCGACACCAAGCACGGGCCCGCCAACAUCGGCGACGACGGCAGCGACGGGGGAGGCGGAGUCGCUGGAGAAGGGACCGUGGGUGUGGCCCGUCCCACCGGCCACCCAAAGACCGACGUUGCAGCGUCAAGUCUCGGACCCCGGAUCGACGCGCCCGCGGCCGCAGUUCAUGCGGCAAGUUUCGGCCCCGGAGGAAGGCGGUUGGCGCGAGGUCGCCAGGAGCGAGUGGCCGGUGGGUAUCGAGGAAGCACCCGCGGUCGCGACGGCACGGCGGAAGGGCGGCAGGCGAUACGCGGCCGAGGAUCCCAGUCCGAGGGACGAGGACGAGGACGAACCACGCGCGCCAUCCCCUCCGCGGUGGUUACCCGAGGUGCCACCCACUCCCCGCUACGAGGGGGAGUGGCUCACGGACGGCGCUCGAGACGGCGACGAUGGAGCACCGUUGGCCACGCCGCCGUGGAGGCUGGCCCGGCCACCCACGCCGCGAUACACGGAGCCACGACGACCGGAGGAGCAGACGCAGAGCGAGGAGUCGACCGCGCAGCCGAUGCCGCAACCGCAGGAGGAGGACAUCCACCAGGCAAGGGCGGAGGAGCCGUCGGUGGUGCGGACGGAGGUGCCGGCCGCGCACGUGAGCCACAGCACCCGGGCGUUCGAGGCCGAGGGCAUGCGGUGGCGGCAGCAGACGGUGACGUGGACGUGGCCCGAGGGGCCCGCGACAGGACCUACGAAGGAGGUGCCCAGGAUAUGGGAGGAGGGGGCACCCAAGUUGAACCCUCGGGACCCCCGGACGAGGAGCCGACAGGAUGCGUGGGUCCCGCCGACACCAAGCACGGGCCCGCCAACAUCGGCGACGACGGCAGCGACGGGGGAGGCGGAGUCGCUGGAGAAGGGACCGUGGGUGUGGCCCGUCCCACCGGCCAUCCAAAGACCGACGUUGCAGCGUCAAGUCUCGGACCCCGGAUCGACGCGCCCGCGGCCGCAGUUCAUGCGGCAAGUUUCGGCCCCGGAGGAAGGCGGUUGGCGCGAGGUCGCCAGGAGCGAGUGGCCGGUGGGUAUCGAGGAAGCACCCGCGGUCGCGACGGCACGGCGGAAGGGCGGCAGGCGGUGCGUCCUGGUCUGCGAAGGCGGGAGGAGGUACCGGGUGAGGCUCGGAGUCGCGGGCAUCCGGGUUUUCGCACAAUAA